AUGUCUAAAGAAGCUACUGGAAGAGAUCCCAACGGCAAUGCCAAUACAUCGCGAGAUGGUGCUGCCAGGUUGCAGAUCAUCGACGACCAGAAGAAUUUCACCAAGGAGUUGAGCGCACAGAUGGACCAUUGGGGUCUACGUGAAGCGGGAUUUGACUAUAAUAUCGUUGCCGUCUUUGGUUCGCAGUCCACGGGAAAAAGCACGCUCUUGAAUCGCUUGUUUGGAACCGACUUUGACGUUAUGAAUGAGAAAAAUCGGAAGCAGACAACCAAGGGUAUAUGGAUGUGCCGCGGUAAAGGCAUGAACGCAUUAGUUAUGGAUGUCGAAGGUACAGACGGCAGAGAACGCGGAGAAGACCAAGAUUUCGAACGAAAAUCUGCCCUCUUCUCUCUUGCCUCAUCGGAGGUGCUCAUUAUUAACCUUUGGGAGCAUCAAGUCGGCUUAUAUCAGGGAGCAAACAUGGGUUUGCUCAAGACCGUCUUUGAAGUCAACUUAGGGCUUUUUGGGAAGAGAGAGGAUACCGGCCAGCGCACAUUACUUCUUUUCGUCAUUCGCGACCACAUUGGGACAACACCGCUUGCCAACCUUGCUUCAACUCUUGAAACAGACCUAAAUCGAAUAUGGGAGAGCCUGUCUAAACCUGAUGAACUUUCGGACUGCAAACUUUCGGACUAUUUCGAUCUUAGCUUCACAGCUCUUCCGCACAAAAUCCUGGCGGCGGAGAAGUUUGAAAGCGAAACGCUGGCUUUGCGACGGAGGUUCGUGAAUAAGAGCAACGAAGACUACGUGUUCAAACCCGCAUACCACAAGAGAAUUCCUGCAGACGGUGUAGCUUUGUAUAUGGAGGGGAUUUGGGAACAAGUCCAAUCAAACAAGGAUCUCGAUUUGCCGACUCAGCAGGAGCUUUUGGCACAAUUCCGUUGUGACGAGAUUGCAAGCGUAGCUCUUGCCGAAUUCAACGAACAUGCAAAGCCUCAGCGUCGACCCAUUGAGGCAGGUCGGGUCGUUGAUGGCUUGGGAGGCAUGAUGAGGAAAUGGAAGUCACGAGCAAUUUCUCGCUAUGACAAGGAUGCUUCAAGGUAUCAUCAGGGCGUAUAUCAGCGGAAACGCUCGGAUCUCCUAAAUGUCAUUGAUUCCGUCCUAUCACCACUGUUCCUUGGUCAACUCAAGAACCUUCAUAAAUCUGUUCUUGUUGCAUUUAAGAAAGAGAUGCAGGAAGGGAUGCGUGUCGAAGGUUACAAUUUCGCAGAUGUCUGUUCGCAGGCGAGGGAACUGUGCGAGAAGCGUUUCGUUAACGGAGCAAAGGAAGCGAAGCUGGAAGACACCGAUUGGGUCUGGGAAGACGAACUGGGCCUGCUGCGUGAGGAGAUGGGAUCUGUUGCUGAUCAAUGUCGUGCUGAUGAGACGAAAAAGAUGAUCAAUUCCAUCGAGCGUGCCUUGAAGAAGCAGAUUUCUGAGCCUGUUGAAUUACUCCUUAGCAGCCCAACCCCAGGCAUGUGGGACAAAGUGCUAAUAGCCUUCCGACAAACAUUAGACAAGGCCGAGAACCUUUAUUUGAGCAAAGCUCGAAGUUUUAAUAGCACCAAAGAAGAAGAUGCCAAAUCGCUGGCCAUUCUACGAAAGCGCGCAUGGAUGGCCCUUCGAGCGAAGAUCGAUGAGCAGACGACAGAACCUGUUUUACUCAGCAAGCUGCGGACGCACUUUGAAGAGCGUUUUAGAUACGACGAGCAUGGUGUUCCCCGUGUAUGGAAACCUGACGAUGAUAUUGACGGCACCUUCAAGAAGGCGCGCGAUCAGACCGUUGAGCUUAUUCCUCUGUACGCGAAGAUCAAACCCCAGGAUCCCUCGCUCGCAUAUGAAUUACCCGAUGAUGCUCUAGAAGGAGAGCCGGAUGAAUCGCAGCAGCAAAUUGAAGUCUAUGAUUUCGAUUCCUCGUUGACCAUUCUGUCUGAGACGCGAAUCUUGGACAUCACUUCUCGGUUCCGCAAGGAUGCUGAUGCUUACUAUGUCGAAGCGAAACGUUCCACGGUUUCUAGCAUUGCACAGAUACCCGGCUGGAUGUACGCAGUCCUGGUCGUACUUGGAUGGAACGAGGCUAUGGUGGUGCUUUUCAACCCGCUUUAUUUUGCGUUCGUGCUAUGCGCAUUGGCUUCUGCAUGGAUAAUCAUCAAGCUCGGUUUAUUGGGGCCCUUGCUUCAAAUUUCGAAGACAGUAAUGAACGAAGUUCAGCACCAGGCCACGGAACGCCUGCGACAACAAUUUGUGGCACCUGUUUUGACAGAGCCCGUUCAAAACGGGCAUUCGCGUAAAUCGUAUAACGACACUGACGAAGAAUCGAUUGAGUUACGACGCCGGAGAACAGAGCCUCUGUGACCUUAUUAGACCAGCCGUUGUUCAUUCACAUGCAUGCUCUCCAUUCGCGCUGUGCAAUAAA